CCAGAGCACCAGGGAACUGCAAAAUCACGUUGACUUUUGACAUCUCUGCUACAGAAAAUAAAAUCAUUUUAUUCUUUUUCGAGAGAAAGUAGAUUUCUUUGAAAGUUGGUAGCAAGGACCAGUAGUUGGAACCAAGUUCUGCACACGUGCUUUCCCAAAGAAAAGAAACACCAUGUCGAUAUCAGUGGACCCAGAAACUGCAAAGAGGCGCCUGGCGUUUCAGAAGAGUUACAGCAUCGAGCACGGAGGCUCCUGGCGCCGUAAGAGCCUGAUUGAUGAUGCCAAAUUUGAGACCAUCACAAACGCAGAGUUUGAGAAACAAGAGCAAAAACUAACCCUGAAUGGCUCCAUAUCAGAAGACGAUGUUUUCAUACCAAAUGGUGACGCCCAUAAUAUUCUUCAUGACGACCUUGCUCCCAGGAGCAGCUCCGUUAUGCUUUCCUUAAAAGAAGAAAUGACUGCUCUACCGAAAAUUUUGAAGACAUUUGAGAAUUUCAAAGUCAAUAUCCGGCACAUAGAAUCUCGGAAUUCUCGUAAGAUAGAAGCCCAGUUUGAAAUAUUUUUGCAAUGCGAUUCUACGAGAGAAGCCAUAACAUCUCUAAUGAAGGCAUUAAGGCAGAACUCUGCUAUCUGUGAAGCCACUGUCUCCGGGGACACUAAGAAAGAAAGCGUAGCAUGGGUCCCGAUGCACAUAUCAGACCUUGACUACUGCAACCAUCUCAUUACGAAGUUUGAACCAGAGCUUGACUCAGAUCAUCCUGGUUACACAGAUAAAGAGUACAGAAAAAGGAGAGAGGAAAUCGCAAACAUCGCUUUCGAAUAUCGACAUGGAGAUCCAAUCCCACGCAUUAAGUACACGGAAACGGAAAUUCAAACAUGGGGCACAGUUUACCGGAAGCUAGUGAGCCUGUUUAAUACGCAUGCGUGCAAGGAACACAUAGAGGUGUUUCGUAAUUUGGAGAAAGAAGGAGGGUUUAGCUCAAACAGCAUUCCGCAAUUGGAGGAUGUGUCGCAAUUCUUAAAAAGAAAAUCUGGAUUUCAAUUGCGUCCCGUGGCCGGCCUGUUGUCCGCCCGUGACUUCCUGGCCAGCCUGGCUUUCCGAGUGUUCCAGUGUACACAGUACAUCCGGCACGGCUCUGCCCCCAUGCAUUCUCCAGAGCCAGACUGUAUUCAUGAGCUUCUGGGGCAUGUUCCACUUCUGGCCAACCCCUCGUUCGCACAGUUCUCGCAGGAGAUUGGCUUAGCCUCACUUGGCACAUCCGAUGAGGAUAUUGAAAAAUUUGCAACGUUGUACUGGUUUACUGUUGAGUUUGGUCUGUGUAGAGAGGACGGUCAAAUCAAGGCCUAUGGUGCUGGUCUUCUCUCCUCCUUUGGAGAACUCAUGCACGCUCUGUCGGACAAGCCAGAGCAAAGGGCCUUCGACCCCCAGACGGCGGCCGUUCAGGAGUACCAGGACGUGGAAUACCAACCCAUUUACUACGUGGCAGAGUCUUUUGAUGACAUGAAAGAAAAAGUCAGGCGUUAUGCAUCUAAGAUUCGGAGAAGAUGUGAAUUGCGCUAUGACCCGUACACCCAAGGUAUACAGUGUCUGGACUCCAAGGGGGCUGUCACAGACCUCACCAUGUUCAUCAAAGCUGAGCUCAAUCAUCUCAAUAAUGCCCUGGAGAAGAUGGGCUCUGUGUAGAUUACAUCUGAUGAUAUAGCUAUCUGUCUAGUAUCCUAUCUAAAUAUAUAUGUCUUAAACUAUGUUUAUUAUUCAGUGUGAUUCAAAAGAGGCAUACAUGUACUAGCUUUACGAAGUUGAUAAAAGUUCAUUCUUGUUCCUAUUUAUACAAUGUGCAUAUAUGCGCGAGCCCACUACAUGUACAUGCGGUAUGAAUUCUACGUAUGAAUCCAAGCAUUCUUGAACAUGUUACAAUGAAGAAGAAACAGAAACAUUUGCGGGUAAAAUAUUAGUUAUUUAAGAAUUAAUUGUCAAUGGUCAAGUUUAAUAUGAAAUUGAACAAAAAUAAUGGAUGAGUCACUCUGACAGUUGUAUCUAGUAUUUACAAAUGACAACGAGGCCUAUAUGUCGGUGUAAGGACACUUUACCCGGUACAUGUGACACAGGCUUCAGCUUGUUUUAAAUAGUAGCUUUUAAAGUCAGUGGUAUACGAACAAUUUACAAGAUUUACUGGGUAUUUCAGGUAGAAAUUUUACAUUUUGUACCGUAUGAUCAUGAUCUAUUGAUCCAGAGUAUUAUACGUCUGCACUAAGAAGAUGUUGGCGGUUAGUUGGGCACAUAACACUACGCACUUUAGCCAUUGUUUUCCGCUUCUUAUCCUUAAGUACAAGAUAUGUUUGAAAAUGAGGAUAGCAAUUGUAUAAAAUAUGUGAAAUCAUAUUAUGAUGAAACCAGUGUACUAAGCUGAAAAUAUAGUAUGCGAAUUGUGUUCAAAAUACAAAAAAAAUUCGGGUUGAUUAACAAAAACGCACCGCACCUCAAAUUCAUCAAAACCAAAUAAUUCAUUGAUUAUAC